AUGACCAAGAACGGCGACUGUUCGUUCCUACCUUUACCUCCGCCGCCGCCACCAGCACCAACUGGUGGCGGCGGUGGCCGAGACGGGGGCGGGCGGCAGCGGACUCCUCUUCAGCACGAGUUGGUGGUGAUGGUGAUGACCACCAUCAACACCACCACCAACAUGCAUGCUGCCGCCCCUGCCGCCCCCACCGAGGCCUCAGUCGUCCGGGCCGACGCCACCACCGCCGCUGGCCGCCGGCCCCGGUUCCCGGAGCGAUGCCACAGUUGUGGCAUCACUGGCCACAAGGCCAAAAUGUGUCGCCGCUGCCGCAACGCCGCCACAGCGGUGUGA